AUGACGAGGCAGCAUAUCACUCCUCUUGCAGUAGAACAAGCUCCGACAACGGAGACCUCGGGCGGUCUCGGCACGCUAACUGCUUUCCGCCGAGGCAACCCCGGACAUUCAAGCUGGUUGACCAAUGACAAUACGCGCCACCUGAUUCGCCAGGUACAAAACUUAGAGCGGACAUCGCGCAAAAUAGUUCGGAACAAACUUCACCAGCUCACCACCUUCUCCGCGUUCCGCAAGAGCAAUAAUGACGGUGAGUUACCUGCCAGUUCACGAUUCGUGUCGCAAAGCGGCCGCCGCUGGGCGGUUCUGCGAUGCGCCAUGUCGAAGAACUAUCAACGACGAACACUCACUUCCACCAGACGCAAAUUCCAAGACGUCUUCCAGUCACAACUUGAAGAUCCUUCCUCCGCCGCACUGUUCUCCACGCUGAACUCCUCAAAGGCCGUGCCCCAGACACUCACGGAGAAGAUUGUACAGAAGUACUCAGUGGGAUUGCCACAGGGAAAAUCCGUCAAGGCCGGCGAUUAUGUCACUAUCUCGCCCCAUCGUUGCAUGACACAUGAUAACAGUUGGCCUUGCGCAUUGAAGUUCAUGUCCAUUGGAGCUUCUCGCCUGCAUAACCCAGAUCAGAUUGUGAUGACCCUCGACCACGACGUGCAAAAUAAGUCUGAAAAGAACCUCAAAAAAUACCAACAAAUCGAAGAAUUCGCCACCAAGCAUGGCGUGGAGUUCUACCCCGCUGGAAGAGGCAUUGGUCACCAGAUCAUGAUCGAGGAGGGGUUUGCUUGGCCCGGUACUCUUGCUGUUGCAAGCGACUCCCACAGCAACAUGUACGGUGGUGUGGGAUGUCUGGGUACUCCCAUCGUGAGAACUGAUGCGGCCAGUGUCUGGGCUACGGGUAAAACUUGGUGGCAGAUUCCCCCAGUCGCGAAGGUGACUUUCAAGGGUGUACUACCUCCCGGUGUGACAGGUAAAGACGUUAUUGUUGCCCUUUGUGGUCUCUUCAACAAGGACGACGUCUUAAACCAUGCGAUUGAAUUCACCGGAUCCGAGGAGACAAUGCGAAGCCUUUCAGUGGAUACUCGGUUAACCAUUGCCAAUAUGACAACUGAAUGGGGCGCGCUGUCUGGACUGUUCCCCAUUGACAGUGUGCUGAAAGGAUGGCUGAAAGGUAAGGCUACGACCGCAGCCAUGGGGCUUGCGGACGGCCCGUUUAAGACCCGGGCCGCUGAGAGGUUCACACACCCACUCCUGGAGCAGUUGUUCGAAAACCCGAUGACCGCUGACAAGGGCGCCAAAUACGCCAAGGAGCUUUUCUUGGAUCUUUCAACACUCUCUCCUUACGUCUCUGGGCCAAACUCUGUCAAAAUUGCUACGCCUCUCAAGGAACUUGAGGCCCAGAACAUUAAGGUGAACAAAGCUUACCUCGUCUCCUGCACAAACUCGCGAGCUUCCGACAUUGCUGCCGCGGCCAAGGUUUUCAAGGACGCUGCUGAGAAAAAUGGUGGCAAGAUUCCUAAAAUUGCUGAUGGCGUCGACUUCUACAUAGCGGCUGCUUCGAUCCCGGAACAGAUUGCAGCUGAGGGCAAUGGAGACUGGCAGACGUUACUUGAAGCUGGAGCGACGCAGCUGCCGGCUGGGUGUGGACCUUGUAUUGGUAUGGGCCAGGGCUUGCUGGAGCCGGGAGAAGUCGGUAUCAGUGCGUCCAACCGUAACUUCAAGGGUCGGAUGGGUAGCACUGAGGCAAAAGCGUAUUUGGGAAGCCCGGAGGUCGUCGCUGCUAGCGCGCUGAGCGGCAAGCUCAGCGGACCCGGCUGGUACCAGACACCCGAAGGUUGGACCGAGGUGAUUCGAGGUGAAGGAGAUGGCAUCCGAGAGGAGGAACGCAUGCUCACGAAUGAAGAAGCUUUGGAGAAAAUAAUUGGUCAGUUAGAUGAUCUUGUGGCGGACGGUGAGAAGCGUUUUGCCCCAGAGACCCCGGCGGCUGAGGUAUCCGAACAAGGCCUGACAGAGAUCUACCCCGGAUUUCCCGAACGUGUCUCUGGAGAACUCGUCUUCUGCGACGCCGAUAAUGUCAACACAGACGGAAUUUACCCUGGAAAGUACACCUAUCAGGAUGACGUGCCUCCGGAUACCAUGGCCCGUGUCUGCAUGGAAAACUACGAUACAGAAUUUUCGACCACCGCCAAAGAAGGAGAUAUUCUAGUCAGUGGCUUCAACUUCGGCUGCGGGAGUUCCCGCGAGCAAGCUGCGACUGCUAUUCUGGCAAAGAAGAUCCCCCUGGUUGUAUCAGGCAGCUUCGGGAACAUCUUCUCCCGCAACAGUAUCAACAAUGCUUUGAUGGGGCUUGAAGUUCCACGACUGGUCGAGCGCCUUCGUGAGACGUUUGGAUCGGGCGACAAGGUUCUUACUCGCCGCACUGGAUGGACUCUGACCUGGGAUGUGCGCAAGAGCCAAAUCGAAGUCCAGGAAGGCGAGAAUGGGCCUAGGUGGACGCACAAGGUUGGAGAAUUACCUCCCAACGUCCAGGAGAUUAUUGCCAAGGGUGGUCUGGAAAAAUGGGUCAAGAACGCCAUUGGUGCAUGA